UUGGGGCUUGGCCCACUAGAGCACACUUGUAAAGUAAAAUGGCGGAUAAGAGCAGUGAUAUGUUAGACGGGAACUGUGACAUAUGUGAAUCGGAGGAGGAAGUUCGGUGGUACUGUACUGACUGUAAGGAACUCUUAUGUGACAAGUGUAAAGCAUAUCACCUCAAAAACACCAAGUUAAAAAAUGAUAAUAUUAUACCAAUCGAGGACGCUAAGGAAAGUCUGGAGGUUACAAACCGGAACGAUCAAAAUACAUGUGUCAGGCAUGGGUGUAAACCGCUCGAUUUUUACUGUGAGGCAUGUGACGACCCUAUAUGCAAAGAUUGUUUAUCUGAAAAUCACCGUUCUCAUCAGUGGAAUACCAAAGAACAAAGCAUUAAAUCAUUAAAAACCGUGCUAAGUGAUAUCAUACAGAUAUUUAAUGAAAAACUUGCAAAAUAUCGAGACGUGGAAGAAAAAGACAAAACAAUGCAUGAUUUCAUCAUCAAACGACUUGCAAACUGUAAGCAAAAUAUUACUGACGUUGCAAAUGUGAUUUGUGAGGAAACUAUGAACCUCAGGGACGAGUACCUUCAUGAAAUCAAUUCAAUAGAAGAGAGGGAAAGGUCGCGUUAUCUUGACAAACAAAACAAAUACUUAUCUGAAACCAAGGAACUUAAAACAUCAAUUGAAGAUAUAGGUAAGGAACUCAGACUUAACAAUAUUUUUCAUCUCCACGUUCUUUCAAAGGAAAUGAAAACAAAAUCUUCAGAUUUUCAAACACCAGAGGAAUACAGAGUUUUACCACCUUCGUUUGAAAAAGUAGCAUUUCACAAACCGAAAUUAGUAGCUUUGUUUGGAACGUUGAAGACCCCAGAAGAUAUAAACACCUUUAACGAUUUAUCUUUGAACCUCAAAGUUACACAUCUUCAGACUAAUUUACGAAGGAAGAUAAUCGCCUUAUGUCCUCUUGAAGAUGGAACGGCAUGGCUGUCCUACAGCAGAAAUGGCGACGAUACCGAAAGUACUAAACAAGAAAAGGGAGACAGACAGCUUGUUCGUAUAGACAAAAACCUUCAUGAAAAAGCUAGGUCAUGUCACAUCGAUCGAGAAGUUGUCAACAUGGCCCUGUUGGAAUCUAAGGAAAUCCUCUUCACUUGUUUUAUGGAUACCCGAAUCAGAAAACUUUCUUGCAAUGGAAAGAAGUUGUCACAGUUUGCAGACUUGUCUCCAAAUUACGCUCGAAGUGUGUGUGUGCAGGAGGGAGACGCCGAAGUGAUGGUGUGUGGGAACGCUCCUAAUUCUUCAGGAUUAGUUGAAAAGAGCAAGAAUGUUGUUGUGCGGCUAUCAGCUGCUACUGGGACGGUUCUUCAGGAGAUACGAUUGGAUGAUCAUGACCCGGAAGUGUUUCAACUCCCUUACAGAGUCACCGCCUUUUCAACUGGUGAGAUUGUGGUAGUCGACAGGGCCCCUAAUGAUCACCGUGUAGUUUGUGUAGAUAAAAGAGGUAGAUACAUAUACACGUGGAGGGGGGAGGGCGUAGGUGACACUGACCCAUUGGAUAUCACAGCUAUAGGGAGCAAAAAGGUGUGUCUCAUAGCCGAUGAGUCUUACAACAAAAUAUAUGCUCUGUCGAAGGAUGGCUGCAGAGCGAAGGUGCUACUUGACAAGAAGAAGCGCGCGAUGGGACCACGUUGCAUAGCAACUGACAACCAGGGAAGGGUUUGGGUUGGGUGUGACAAAGGACUCAUUAUACUCGGGGAGAUAUAUGCUCCAUUUAUGAGAAGUGGCAGCAACAGAAGUGCUCACUAUUCUGUAUAAGAGGAUAAUAUGCUCUAUUUUAGGUUACACUGAAAUCACGUGGCAUAAUGUUUAAUUAUCUAUUGGAUUCAUAUAAUUAAUUAGAGUUGUGAUGUUGAGACUAGGUAUACAAGAUUGUUUACGGAAACAAUUUUAUAUCACGACCAAUAACAAGAUAUGUGAAACAAAGCAAGGAAGUUAAAUUACAAAGACUAGCCUUUAACCAGCAACAGACAUGGAAUGACGUACUCACCUCGUUGUGGUGACGUACACACCUCGUUGUGGUGACGUACACACGUCGUUGUGGUGACGUACUCCCCUCGUUGUGGUGACGUACACACCCCGUUGUGGUGACGAACACACCUCGUUGUGGUGACGUACUCACCUCGUUGUGGUGACGUACACACCUCGUUGUGAUGACGUACGCACCUCGUUGUGGUGACGUACUCACCUCGUUAUGGUGACGUACUCACCUCGUUGUGGUGACGUACACACCUCGUUGUGGUGACGUACACACCUCGUUAUGGUGACGUACAUACCUCGUUGUGGUGAAGUACACACCUCGUUGAGGUGACGUACUCGCCUCGUUUUGGUGACGUACUCACCUUGUUGUGGUGACGUCACACCUCGUUGUGGUGACGUACACACCUCGUUGUGGUGACGUACACACCUCGUUGUGGUGACGUACUCACCUCGUUGUGGUGUAAGACUUCCGAAGCUCAUUGAACCAUGGUUGUUACUGAUUACCAAUAUAACUUGUCACUUAAGAAAUAAAAUACAGACUUAUAUCAGUGUAUAGAGACUUGAAAAAAAAACGUGUUUAAUUGUUCUAAUAUGUUGUAUUUGUAUUAUUGUAGGGACACCUUCGUUAUGAAAAAUAAAAGUGAUUUAACGGAAA